AUGUCUUUGCGACUUAUACCCAAGGGCACCUUCCAACCCGUGAUACCCCGCCGACCAAGUACUAGUAGUUUCUACCUUACCACUGUUCAGCCCCUCCCGGCACAUUCCAAAGACAGUACGGCGCAAACCUCGGCUCAAGCAGCUUUAUCCCCCGCGGCGACUGCCUCCAACGGCAAUCUGAACAAAAACAGCAGCAACAGUACGAAUAACAAGAGGAAGAAGGACGGGUUGAAGCCCAUCAUUACCACAGACGGUCCCGGGUAG